ACCUACCACCUCUGUUCUGCCGGUUUUAGCAAACCUUCAACCUCAACGGCUCACUACUAAGCUCUACAGACACAGUACAUCUACUCUCAACUAGGGAAAUGGCGUGGUGGCAUCCGGAGCAUGAAGGGCUGCUGCCCUACUUUCUCGUCUAUACCAGUGUCUCAGCGGCAAUCCACACCGCCGUCUGCUACCUGCGUCCUCCCACAACCUCGCUCGUGCAAUUCCAGGGUCCGGCGCGGCCGCCCCCGCACGGCCUGCUGGCUCGGGUCUACGGCGUCAAGAAUGUCUACACGGCGUUUAUCCGUCUCUACGCCGCCUACCACAUCACCAACUCCGAUCUGUACAACCUGGCCAUGUGCACAUUUGGGGGCGUGCUCUUCCUGUACGGCACCGAGUGGCUGGUCUAUCGCACCGUGAGGAGGCGGGAGGUCGCGUUUCCUGCGGUGACGGCUUCUGUGGGCUUGGGGUGGAUGUGGAUGCAGAGGGGGUUUUACUUGCAUUAUUAGGUAUUGAGACUGGUGGUGGUGUUUUGGACGGGAGGGCGCGCUUUUAGAAAAGGUUAGUUUUCCUUGGGGUUGCUCAUGUUACAGGCUGUUUUAUUGAGACAUACUUUUGGGACAGUAACUUGAAGCUUCGGACCCCGGGGACAGUAUUGUAACCAAAUCUGGUUAGCGCCCCCCGAAAAUGAUGUCUGCUACGCAUCGCACCCACACAUCGCACUUCGACAUGACACUCAAUUACCAGGCGCCAUAUAUUCUAUUGCCAUUUGGAUCUAGC